AUGGGUUACUCGAAAGCAUCAGAUACCGAGCGUGUACCGAAUGACGGCAGCGAGAGUCAAAGGAACUCAGCUUUCCGAUUCCUGGACCUUCCACAGGAGCUUCGUGAUAAAGUAUACAAAGGCCUGCUCUGUCCACACGUAGAUGGGACUCGACACCGGUGUCACGAGAAGAUUCGAGACUACGGUCUGGAGCCCGCCGUCCUGCGCACAUGCAAGCAGGGUUGCCACGAAGCUUGGAGGGUCCUGUACACCGAGAACGGCACCGUCUUGAUUCGGAUGGACGCACAGGUAUACCACAUCUUCCGGACGGCCCGAUCGCAGGCCCGUCCGGCGUUCCCAGAAGUGUACCCGAUCGCGAGAGUCGAAUGCGGGAAUGUUGGAGGUGUGCCCGUGUUGACAGUGGAGAUCUCCGUACUUCGGAAAUAUCAGGCGAAGGGCAACUUUGUGCCAGGCGAUCAAGUUGUGUUCGUCGGACUUUUGUCGGCUCUGCCCAAAAUUGCAGGUAUACUGAAGCUUGUGGUCCACAUGGAGAGACCCAUCGGAAGGCGUCCAGAGACUCGUCUACAGAUGCUAUCAGACUGUCUCGAAUGCCUUUCCGAAGGGCGGGGACCCGGGCGUGCGAUCAUCCUCACAGAGCCUCAGCACAGCGCUACCGCAGCAAAGGUUGCGAAACUCAUGAAGAUAGACAUGGUAACUUUCGAAGACGUCUCCCGUAUAACAUGUCUCCAAAACGCCUUAGAUUUCUUUGAUUUGCCGCAGUACAGGCUUCGUGCCUCAAGAUUGAUCGGUGCAACAGACAAAAGGAGGCACGAGCUCGAAGUCAAGAUGAUAGAUAUACAGUGGAACUAUGUUACUUGCUGCCUCAAGGCGGGGAGAACGGGCGACGUGCAUCAUCAAGUCCGCCAAAUGUUUCGGUACUGCUCACCGCAAAACCGAACUUCGGCCCAACAAGAAGGUUACUGGGGUCGGGUAGCAGACGCUCACUACGCCAUUGGCAAGGCAUACGUAAUCGAUGGAGCUCUCAAUUUCGCCGCUGUUGACCACGUAGAGGAACGGGUGAAUUCCAGCUCAAAGCCGGAAGAUGUGAUUGUCAAGUUGAAUAUCAAGUGGGUACUGAAAGAGGUCCGACACCGAGUGCCUGAUCUUUACCGCUUGACCGAGGACCAAGAAAAGGAUCUCGUCAGAGGCUUUCUAGCCACGUACGGGGAGAUUCAGGGUUUGCUGUGCGACAAGGGUAGGUACACUUUGGAUCCUGGUUUAUGA